AUGGGGAGCCGUGGUCCGACCAUCAUCUCGGUCACCAUCACCGUCUGGGUACUAGCCCUCCUCUUCGUUGGCCUCCGGCUCUAUACCCGCAUUGUAGUUGUUGGUCGGACUGGCCUUGACGAUUUUCUCAUGCUCGUAGCAACAAUCUUCGCGACUAUCAUGACCGGCUUGAUGAUUACGCAAGUGCAUUAUGGCUGGGGUCAGCAUGCCUCUGCCCAGACAGUUAAGCAGAUGUCAACGACACAAUUUGUCAGCAUUUGGACAUGCAUACCCAUUUCCUCAUUUUGGCACUUCGAAAAGCGAGGUCGAGAUUGCAUCAACAUCAAAGUGUGGUCCAUCGUAUCAGCAACCAUGACAACCUUGGCCGACAUCGUCUGCUUCUUCCUUCCCAUGCCACUGAUCUACAAACUGCAACUGCUCAAGCGGCGCAAAUUUGGUCUCUUCUUGACCUUUUCGACAGGUCUUAUACCGUUGGCCGCAUCCGUGGUGCGAAUGGCACAGGCUAUUCAGCUCAGCCUCGACAACGGCGGCUAUAUCGAAGAAGACACACCCUAUCGUUGGGCGUUGGUGCCAUUCUGGUCCGAGAUCGAAGUCACGGUUGGCAUCAUCGCAGCCUGCAUCCCAAUACUGAGUCCGCUCUACCGGAAACUGCUGCAUCGCAUGGGCUUGCGUGAAGCAACGACAUCAGCGAUUGACCCCUCGACUGCUAGCAGCCGUUUGAUAUCCGGCCCGCACCAGAAUCUGCCUAGCACUGGUGGCACCGUCGUUUCUCGUAUCGGCGAUUCUCAUGAUUAUGCUUUUCAUGACGACUCUUCUAAAAACGACGCUACUCGCAUCUCAACCCAGAAACCAAUCAUCCAGACCCCGAGACCCGUUCGACCUCCCCUCGGAGGCAUCUCCUCCACCAGAUCCAGAACAAGUGCGAGGCGCGGUCGCGAUGAGUACGAACUCCAAGGAACCCCGGGAAUACGCAGGACGAUAGUGCUGACCCAGCGAGAAGAGACGCUUUCAACUCAGAACUCCAUUCCAGAAAUCCCCUUCGCCGAUCCCCCUGAAUAG